GGAGCAAUAAUCCUCUGAUAUAAUUAGCUUUUAUUUCCUUUUUUUCCUGCAUUGCUUUCCAUAACCUAAGUUUUUUGAAUUAACAAGCAUGGCAGCUUCUUCAGGGGGGUCAAUUGGCCCCCCUAAGAAGUUUUUUAAAUACACAUAUAAAGAUUCUGGACCAUACUUGGUAAUAGUGGAAACCAGCAAAGAAGAUGAGGAGGUUACACAAAACUUGGGCAACCUACUACACCCUAUGUGUUUAGAAAGAUGGCUUAAGGAAUUUGGAAUAAUAGGUGUUAAUAAAGUCUCGAGGAAGGGAAAAAACAGAGUCGGUAUUGAAUUCAGCUCUUGGAACGCAGCUAAUGAAUUGUUUUCUAGCAAAUUAUUAAAGGAAAGAAAUCCAGAAGCAUAUAUACCACCUAGCUUAGUCUCCUGUAAGGGAGUUGCUAGAGGAGUGUAUAAAAACAUAGAAAUGGAGGAAAUAGUAUCGGAACGGAGAACUGGACCGAAGAUAAUUGAAGCUAGACGUUUACAAAGAAAGAUAAUAGUUGAUGGCACUGCAAAGUAUAUAGACACAGAAUCAGUAAUUAUUACAUUAGAAGGUAAAAUUAUUCCUAGGUCCAUAAAAAUUGAAUAUUGCGAAGUAAGAGUGGAUGUAUACGUCAGCCCUGUGAUUAUGUGUUUCAAUUGUAUGAGGUAUGGACACUCGAAAACACAAUGCAGAAGCAAACAGAGGUGUUCGAAAUGUGCCGAGUGAAAUGUGCCAAAUGAAUGUGCCAAAUGACGGGUCAGCGACCAGGAUUACUCCCCCGAACCAAGGGAAAAGUUGCCCGGAUAUCACCUUAAUGACGGCAGAACUAGGACCAAACAUUUCAUGGGAAAUUGUGGAUAGCCCAGGCAUGAGUGAUCACUUUCCAACGAGGGUAUUUAUUAAUUCUAACUUGUUCAUCCAAACAGUACAUAACCCUAUAAGUAGAUGGAACACAAAGAAGGCGGACUGGGACGGAUACUUCAUGAGCUUCAAUCAGGGGGUGAACGUAAACUCUUAUCUAAGUCUGGUAGACGAGAUCAAUAGGGCAGCAUUGGGACAUAUCCCAAAAACGUCAUUCCAAAAGGGCAAGAGAAAAGCAACUCCCAAACCAAGGUGGUGGGAUAAGGCAUGGCGCGUGGCGGUGGAUGAACGGAGCAGGGCCCUUCGGGCAUAUAAAGAAAAUAUCAGCGAUCAUAACUAUCUGGAGUACAAAAGAAAAGCGGCGGUAGCAAGAAGGAUCAUGAAACGAAAGAAAAAGGAAAGCUUUAGAAAAUUUACUGAAAGCCUUGAUAAAAACACACCCAUGAGUACCAUAUGGAAAGUGGUCAAGGCAUACUCCAAUAGUUAUAUACAAGUUAGACACUGCGCUGAAAAGGAGUUGUGGCUCGAGACGUUGUUGGACAGCCUCGCCCCCCCUCACUGCAUCGCUAAAGACUUCUCAGCAGUUGGAGCAUUCAACAACUACGACCUAAAGAGUAUUUCCAUGUAUGAAUUCAACUAUGCCUUAAAAAACAGGAAGGAAUCAUGUCCUGGUAAAGAUAACAUUACGUUCAAGAUGAUUUCCCAAACACCCAUUAAAAUGAAGGAAUGUCUGGUAAACAUUUAUAAUGACGUUUUAAGACAAGAUAUGGAGAUACCUGCGGAAUGGAAGGAACAUAUCAUUGUCCCACUACUAAAACAUGGUAAAGACCCGUCUCACCACGAAUCUUAUAGACCGAUUGCUCUU